GUUCUUGGACGGAUCCUUGCUUUAAAGUCUCCCAGGAAUCGACCAAGGAAAACGCAUACAACACUCGCAUUAAUCAACCCCCAAACUUUCCAAAUCAAACCAAGAGUUUCAGCUGUAUUGUUGCAAAACAGAAACAUAAUUCCUGGUUUGAGGGUCACGAAGACCGAAAGAUGAGUCUUGCUUGCCUGGUGUGUCACAGUGUGGAAAGUCCAUCACACUCUUUCAGGAGUUACUCUGUUUCGAGUUCAGAUAACGAGGGAAGAUGCUCAGCCGUUACUAACUGCCUAGCAAGGAAGUCAGCACUACUGUCUGCGAGGCCGGCUAUAACAUCAACCUCCAAAGUGACCCCACAACCAAGUUUUCAGAACAGUGCUGGAAUGGCUGGUCCCCCACGGCUUGUGCGUAGUCGUGCUGUUAGGAGAGAUAUUGUGAGAGACUGGAACUUUGAAGAGGCGGUAAUGGAACGCUAGUUUGCUUAGUUCGACGACGAGAGUAGCGGAGGUCUGUCCACUUGCCAUUUGGGAUAUAGUAAUAGAACCUUUGUUUUCUGCUUCUCUAUUUUGUAUUAGCUUGUAAUGGUUGAAUACUGAUGUUUUUAGCAUAUGUAACAAUCUGAGUAAGAUUAUUGAAUGUGAAAAACACAUCACAUGUGCUAC